AUGAAGCUUUUACACAAGGACUUCGCAUUGAACCAAACUGGGACGGUCAAGAUCAUCCCCCAAGAACCCAACGACUUACAGGUGGUUUACAACCUCAUCGCCACCAGAGACAUCGUCACCGUCGUUACGACUCACAAAUUUGACACCACCUCAUGCGUCAGACUCCCCAAUCCCUAUCAGACUUCACAGAGCGAAAAGAAAUCAGACAGCGGAGUGUUUUUCGGAAACAUCUUUAACGCCUUCGUUAAGCAUGUGGAUUUCGGCACCAUUAAAAUUGUACUAAUAGCGAGUAAUGUACCGACGAAGGACGGGUUUCGACGGUUUCUGCUCUCUGAACCGAAAAGAUUGAAGGUGAAAGCAAUCGAGAACAAGAAGUCAAGAAUUGUAGUGGCAGAAUGUAAGCGGAAUCUGAAGCAGGUGCUAAAUGACAAGGGGGCAAUGAAUAAGCUAAAAGAUAGCAAGGUUAUGAUGGAGAUUAUGUUCACGGACCAGAAUGGUUCUCUUAAGAGUACAAGAAAAAAAGAUGAAGAAAAAAGUAGCGCACAGUUUCUUCAAGACGUGGGUUACACUUAG